UGUGUGUGUGUGACAGUUGUCGUGCAGCAGCUGCUGCUUGUUGCUGAUUUAUUUAGAAACGACUGAAGCUCCCAGUCAGCUGUGAAUGUACCGCGAGGCUGAGACCAGGACCCAGACUGGGACACAACAGACCGGGAAAACACUACACAGACCUGGACAGGGUCCUGGAGAGUCCUGGACAGACCUUGACAGGGUCCUGGAGAGUCCUGGAGAGUCCUGGACAGACGGUGAUGCUGAUCUGAUGCAGAGUCGUGGUUCCUGCGUCCAGCGUUCAGUCUGGUGAUGGAGCCUCAAGCCACCAUCACACCACACACAGCGUUACCAUGGAAACACUGCAUCCACCUGACUCUGCUGCUGGUCCAGCUGAGUUUCCCUGCAGUCGGAGCUUCCUGUCGUAUCCUGAGGUGUAACUCAGACUUUGUGGCGGCAACGUUGGACCUGGGCAGCAGCAGCAGCAGCACAGGCGGUGGUGUGGGCGGCGGCAGCGGUGGAGGCGGAGCAGCAGGUGUGUCAGCAGGUGUGUCAGCAGCUCUCAGCAGGGAGGCGGUGAACGCCGGUUACUGCAGCGCCCUGCGCUCCUAUGCUCUGUGCACCCGGCGGAUGGCGCGGGCGUGUCGCGGCGACCUGGCGUACCACUCAGCAGUUCAGGGCAUUGAGGACCUGCUGAUCCAGCACCGCUGCCCACGGGCGGGACCCACCGCCCAGCCCCGCCCCCUUCCUCAGGGCACGCUGUCAGGUGACGCCUGCCUCUACGAGAAGGGCUUCUUCACCCGAGAGGGCCGCGCCCCGGAGUACCUGCACUGCAGCGUGUUCGGAGACCCGCACGUUCGAACUUUCAACAACGAUUUCCACACCUGUUCCGUGCAGGGGGCGUGGCCUCUCGUAGACAAUGAGUACCUGUACAUACAGGCCACCAGCUCGCCUACGAGGGGCGGGACUUAUGCCACGGCGCUCACCAAGAUCACCAUCAUCUUUAAGAACUGGCGUCAGUGUAUCGACCAGCAGCUGUACCAGGCGGAGCUCGAUAACGUCCCGGCGGCGUUCGCUGACGGCUCUGUGUGGAGCGGCGAACGGCGAGGUCAUCACAGCCUGCAGGUGACGACGCAGAGUCCUGGCCGCCACGCGGAGAUCAGCGCCGCUCACAUCGGCACGCUGCUGGUGGUGCGUCAGAGCGGCCGCUCGCUAAGCCUGUCGCUCCGCUCGCCGCGUCGCAUCGUGGCGGCUUUUGGCCCCGAGCAGGACCUGCAGCUGUGUGUGUGGGGAUGCCCCGCCUCCCAGAGACUUUACACACCCCGCCCGACACCCGCCCCCUUGCCGGUGCCCGCCGCCAGCGCCCACACCCACUGCGCCGCACUGCUUCCUGCACAGGACGUCUACUACCAGGCCUGCGUGUUCGACCUCAUCGCCACCGGAGACCUGAACGCCAGCUCGGCUGCCGUCGCCGCGCUGCAGGACGCCCGAUCCAUGAUCUCUGACACGCACAGAGUCCACCUGCAGCCUGUAGCCUCCGCCCACCCAGCACGCCACCCCCCCACGCUGCUGCUGCUGCUGCUGCUGCUGCUCAGCAUGCUGGGAACUCUGACCAGCGCCUGAAGCUGCAGACGACAUGUAAGGACGCAGAGCAAACCUGAGGACACCUGAGUCAUGUGACUGUUGGCUGCUACAUGACGUCCUGACGUCGGCGUCCUGACGGCGGCUGAACAAGAAGCGAGAACAAACUGUCAGAAUCUGAGAGACAGAAAAUAAACCUGAUGAUGAUGAUGAUGAUAAUGAUGAUGAUGAUGAAGAUGAUGAUGAUGAGU